AAGCGUCAGAAACCGCUUUAUAAACUUAGUUGGAAGAGGCAGCCAGCACAUUAGUUUGAGAAAUUACUUCGUCUAUUUAUAGAAAUAAAACAGCACAAAGUAAAGACGUAAUAAUCAUUCAAGUUAUAAGAUUCGCAUCUACUGGUUGCAUUAUUAUAUAGAUGCAGGAAACGUUACGAUGAAGUUAUAUUUUGUAUUAUAUGCUUUUUUUAUUUAUCAAUUCAAGACUACGUCGGCGAAAGAUGCCUUCAAAUGCCGAGCAGAACACUCUUCUGAAGCAAACAUCAAGUUUUCCGUUUCUUUACUUCAAAAUGUGUUACAAAGAGAAAAAGGAGGGUCGAAUGUGAUGAUUUCUCCUUUGGCCGUUGGAUCGGGAUUAUCAACGUUAUUGGUGGGGUCAAAAGGAAUAACAAGACGACAAAUAAUCCGAGGCUUGAAGCUGGAUCAAAGCCCGGAAUAUUCGAUGGCGAGGACACCAUGCUUCCUUCAAGUUUACAACAACAAAGCAUUCCAGCCUUCGAAAAAAUCUGUUCGAUUGAAAAAAGCUAACUUUGAACCCACAAUCUUAACAAAAGCAACAAAACUGUAUGCUGACAAGCGUUUAAAAUACAGGAAAGCAUUUAUUCGCAAAUCUGCGUUUUAUGGUGCCGGUUUGGAACGGAUUGAUUUCCGAUCAUCACCGUACAAAGCACGGAAGAAAAUAAACAGCUGGGUUUCGGAACAAACCUCAACGAAGAUCAAAGACUUCAUGCAACCUGGAAUGAUCUCAAAAAACACAAAUUUGGCUCUAGUUACAACUGUCUAUUUCAAGGCAGCUUGGGAGACGGUUUUUAUGGAUUACGAUACAAGACAAGGAAUUUUCUACAAACCAAAUCGAAAAACUGUUUCUAUCCAAUUUAUGGAAAAUCUAUCGUUCUAUCGAACUUUGAAGUUAAAGAAUCCAGAGGCAGAUAUUCUGGAAUUACCUUAUAAAACACUUGCUGAAAGUGGUUUAGAAACAAGCAUGAUAUUGAUAAUGCCGAGCAAAAGAUAUAAUAACAUGAAUACGUUCAUUUCACAAAUGUCCGAAAGACAAAAGAACGGUUUGAACGGAAUUUUUGAUCAGAUAUUGACAAGAAGAAAAACCUAUUAUGACGUCAUCAUUCCAAAGUUUAACGUUACAGCAGACCAUGAUUUGAAGGGCGCAUUGAAAGGAAUGGGAGUCAAAAAUUUAUUUUAUCGAUAUAACGCUGACCUUAGCAAUAUGUAUUUCAAAGGAAAAAGACCAUUUUCAUUGGAUACUGCAAUACAUAAAACCGUUAUGUCGGUCAACGAACGUGGAACAGAAGUUGCCGGGGUAACCGGAUUUCGAUUUGGACUCAUUGUAGAACCACCGGUUAUGAGGUUUAAUCGACCGUUUCUUCUUGUUAUAUUGGAAAAAUCCACAAAGAGUAUUCUCUUCAUCGGACGAAUAAGCGAUCCAUCACUUCAAUAAAUGAUAAUUUAUGACAAUUUUUGUACACAAAGCUUUCAAUAAAUUUUCACAAAGAAC